AGAGGCAGACAGGCAGAACGAGUCACCCAGGAUAUAUUGUGAAGGCGAAGUGAGGGAUCACUACAAUGCCGCCGCAGGAUUUUUAACACUCGCUUACUCACGCGUUCCAUAAAUACGGAACUAAACAACACGCUGCCACCCGACCUACUCUUGACCUUGGUGGAAAAUAUAAAUAAAUACUGAACAAGUGAUGAGGCUGUACCAUGCAUUAUUCUUGUGAUGGAUGAAAAUAAUUACACCUAUGGACUCGAUAUGACGUGAUAUUUGUUGUGCUUGAGAAAAUGAAUAAUGAAAACGUGUGUAACAGCUGUUAUGGUAUUACCUGUUUGUGAUGAAAUUAAUAAAAAAAUGAGUAAACAUAUAUGGGCUUUACAACAGUGACUGUUAGUGACAUUGUUACCAACUACAUAACAUCUUACCAUAGAAAAAACAAAUUUAUUAGCGUAAUUCAUAAAAAAAACGAUUUAUAAUGACAAAUGGCGAGUGAUUACAAAAUAAGAUGAAACAAGAACUAUAUGGGUAAUAAUUUUAACUACAAAUACAAAUAACAGACUUGUGUACGUACGCAUGCGCGCGCGAGUGUAUAUAUAUAUAUGUGUGUGUGUGUGUGUGUGUGUGUGUGAUUCAAAGAUGAUAACCAAUCCUAAAUAAAAUCACCUGUACGUGUCCGUGUGGCCCAGUGAUUUAACAAUGAUCCCCAGAAAACAACGACAACAACUGCAAAGAAAUACAACAAUGAAAGGUGUGGAUGAUAUCGUGUAGAGAAGCUGGAUGGGUGUGAGGUAAGUGUGGAGAGGUGUGUAUGUUGUUACGUACACAACAAGAGUCCUUCCCGUCCGCUAUGUUGCCCACACCACAACAACUCGUCCCAAUUCUUGUCCUUGGUCUGACCCUUGGCGUGGCCCAGGUCAUGCCCCAAGCCAAGGACACGGGUGACGACAUAACAACAACGCCCCCCGAGUCCAAUAGACAACGAGGAUGGAGGCAGGAAGCAAUCAGACAGGGUCAUCAGGACCUUACGGGGGGUGAUCUAGUCAACAAGGAGACCAAUAAGAGAUGGAGCAACGUUAUCGGACGCAUGGGGUCAAGCAGUCGCCCUCUGGACACUAGGAAUCCGUCGUACGUGGUGGUGGCGCCAACGUUGGUCAGACCGGAUUCUGUGUUCGCCGUGGUGGUGGGGGUGUUGAAGAGAGGAGGAAAGCACGAGGUGGACGGCCCAGUGGACGUUCGGGCGACUCUGGCCAUGGAUGACUCCCAAGAGAUCACCCAAGGCCAAGUUGUUCUACAGCCAGGGGAGAUGAAGACCAUCAUUAUGAAGGCGCCGAGUGAGGUGGGAAUGGUGGAAACAAGUGGAGCGCGUCUACGAGUGGAAGGUCGCCGAGGGUCCCAAUUGGUAUUUACAAACACAACACACGUGGCCACCACCCAGCGCUUCCUUACCAUCCUCGUCCAGACCUCCAGGCCUAUAUACACCGGCGGCCAGAUGAUUGAGUUCCGGGUGGUGUUGCUGAGGAGGAACAUGAAGCCUUAUGAGGGCCCCGUCGACGUCUACGUGAUGGACACGGACGGCUAUGUACUGCGACGAUGGAUCUCCCGGUUUCCCAACGUAGGUGUGGUGGAGUUGGAUCUGAAGGUGCCAGGGUUGCCGAAGCCUGGGUGGUGGAGGGUGAAGGUGGUGGCGGGCGGUCAAGUGGACGAGCACCCCUUCCUCAUCACCAAGUACUUCACCUCAAGGUUCGAGGUGUUGGUGGAUAUGCCGUUCUACACACUAGCAAGCGAGGAGAGCAUCUCGGGCAAGUUUAUGGGGAGGUUCAUCACCUACAAGCCCGUCGUGGGGAUCGCUAAUGUCACCGUCUUCGUUAAAGACAAUUGGAAGCUCCCAGACAAAGACUUCAGGAAGGUGUUCGAUGAAAACAUACCCUUCAUAGACAGGUGGCACGACUUCAGGUACCCGCUGGAGAAGCUACUCGGGAAGCAAACUGCCAUGUCUGAACUCGCGGACACCGAGAUCAAGGUUCAGGUCACCGUCCAACACACCUUCCUUGAUGACGUCAUCAAGGGUUUUGCCAGAACGAGGAUCGUCGCGCCUCAGGUCAAGCUGGAAUUCGUGGGCUCCACGCCUUUCAUAUUCAAGCCCGGGAUGUCGUACUCUGGCGCGGUGAGUGUGAGCUACGAGGACAAGGAGCCACUGAGCCAGGCCAAAUUACGACAAUCAACACUCACCGUCACCGCCUCCGUCACCCUUGCCUCUGGGGGCACCAAACUCCUGCCUAAGACGGAGGUGGGCCCCGAGCAAGAGGAAAGAGACCUUGGAGAACGCUUGCGGGAGGAGUGGAUGUGGCAAGGCAGAAGGAACACCACCACCACCAGCCACAGCAGUUCUGACCACCUCCUGCACAACCUCGCCCAUCACGCCGUCUUCGCCAGAUACAGGAACGACGGUAUCCUACUGUUUACAGUAGACGUGCCGGAGGGGGCGUCGGAGCUAACAUUGUCGGCGACUUACAACGACAGAACGAGCAGCACAUCAGCGACAGCUAGGGGGUUACCUGUACACUCGCCGAGGGGCCGCUACCUUCACAUCACUACUAGCACUACCAACGCACAUGUCGGGGAGUUCGCAAUUUUCCAAGUCAGGGCCAACUUCCGUAUGGACACGUUUCAGUACAUGGUAAUGGCCAAGGGCGUGAUGAUAUACUCGGCGACGGAGGAGGUCUUCUGGGCAGGGACGGAGGGUGUGGCCACCCUGAGCGUCACGGUGUCUAAAGAGAUGUCUCCACGCUUCACCUUGGCUGUCCUCCACGUGGCUACUGACGGCGAGGUUCUCGUUGACACUGUCCAUGUCUCCGUCAGUCUCCAACACUCCAUGAAGGUGGAGGUGUUAAUGAACCAGCACAAGGACCACUCCAAGAGGACGGUGGAGGCGGCCAUGUGGGCACCCCCGGGAGCUCUCGUCAACCUCGCCUGCACCCGCUCACCCACCUGGAGGAAACAGCAGAACAACCGCAUCACCCACACCAGGCUCAUCAAGGCAGCGCUGCAGAUGGAACCACACCCGAGGUCGGUACACACGGUGGUGCGGUCGUCACGGAGCGGGUUAUGGACUGAGCAAGUGGCGGCCCUGUCAACCCACAACACUGGCUGGUGGCCCCUCGCCUCUCUACACCUGGCUGGCCUCACCAUCCUCACCGACGCUUUUAUUUACUCCCCGCCCUACACAGGUGAGUGUGACCACCAGCUGGGGUUCCUGGAGUGUGGGGACGGCUCCUGCUACCGCCAGUACGAGGUGUGUGACGGACACGUGGACUGUACCAACGCCGCCGACGAGCACAACUGCUUGACGGUGUUGGGGAAACAGCCGCCAGCCACCUACGCCACCGGCAAGAUCAACCUCUCAAAGGAGGAGGUGGAGGUGCAGUACCGGCUCAAGCAGAGGAACUGGUGGCAGGACCUGUUUGAUCAGAAGGAGGGCAGCUGGUGCAGGACUCAAGCUAACUUCGGUCACAAGGGGUACGAAAGUGUGAAGUUGCCAGUGCCCAACUCACCGGACCAAUGGAUAGUGGAGGGCUUCGUCACACACCCACAACACGGGUUCCUCAUCUUACCCGAGCAGAAGUACGACGCCACGCCCCCGCUCCUUAUGCAGCUAGAAGCCUCCUCCUUCUGCCGUAGGGGCGAGCAGGUCUCGGUUCGGGUCCACCUGUACAACUCGCUACAGCAGACGGUGGUGGUGAUGCUGGUGCUGCCGGGGAGUGACGACUACCGCUUCAUCAACGUAGAGAACGAUGCCACCGUCAGCCACUACAGCCCUCGUCUCUCCUCCGGUGACCACCACCACCUUCUAUGGGUAGAGGGCGAGCGCUUCACAGAGGUAAUGCUGCCCCUAGCGGUCGUGAGGCAAUCAGGCUCCUUUUCUGUCACUGUCCACGCCCGCUCACAGGUUGGCUCCGACACCAGGUCCGUCAACAUCAAAGUCCAGACUGAAGGUGCCGAGGUGCGGAAACACACGUCGGUGCUGCUGGACCUGAAGAACCGGGCCACCGUGUACGAGUUCCUGGACCUGCCAGUGGACGAGAGCCCGGAGAUCACAAAGAGCAUCAUCAGGCGCUAUGUCUACGGCUCCCCCAGGGCCACUCUGGCACUCUCAGGUGACGUGUUCGGCCCUACGAUGAGCAACAUGGUGGUGCACGACACGAUGGCCUUCAAUGGCAGGAUCCUCAAGAGCUCGGACGGGCUGGCCUUCAACAUGGGCAGCACAGUGUGGACUCUCCACUAUCUGCGUCUCACCAAUCAGCUCAAUAAGUCCAAGGCCAAGAAAGCCUUCGCAUUCAUCAACCUCCAACUGGCAGGCCUCCUCACCCGCUACAACAAUGGCUCCUUCAAGAUGUGGCAUUUCUCCAACCCCAGCGUGUGGCUGACGACGUGGGUAUUGACCGUACUCCUGGCGGCGCAGCACGAGGACUGGGAGAACCUGGUGUACGUGGAACCCCGGCUGGUCAACACGGCCACCACCUUCAUCCUUGACCACCAGGAACCAGACGGCAGUUUCCGGGAGACUAUCUUCUACAACAUAACCCUCGACCACAAGAUGGGUUUCAAGGGAUGGGGAGGAGGCGUGCGUGACCAUCACAAGCCGGUGUUGGUGGCGUUGACGGCGCUGGUGACCGCGGUACUGCUGGAAGCCGCCCCGACGCUCAACGGAGACGUCCACGCCAGGGCCCUCAACGCUAGACAACGCGCCACCCAGUUCCUGGAGCGGGAGUUGGAUCAGUUGUGGGACCCCUACGAUUUAGCCAUCACCACUUACGCCCUGACUUUGGUGGGCAGCCCUGAGAGAGAAGUCGCCCUUAAGAUGCUCGAAGCUUAUGCCAGGAAUCAAGACGGUCGGAUGUACUGGUCACGGGCACCCAUCGUUACCAACGCACGCUUGGCGGAGAACAACCAGCGAGCGUUCCUGUUACCCAAGGAGCCGCAGGAGUGGGACGCGUACGCCGUGGAGGCCACCAGCUACGCCCUGCUCGUGUUCCUCAUCCAGGAGGGGGUGACGCCGAGGACCGAGUCUAUCAUGCGCUGGCUUAACUCCGUCAGGGAACACACCCACGCCUUCGCUGCCUCCGUGGACACAGUAGUGGCCAUGCGCGCCCUGGCCGAGUACAGUUACCGGGCGAGGCUGAGAGACGUAACCAACAUGAGGGUGAACCUUGAAGCUACCUCCAGCCCGGGAGACAUCCACUCCAUCCCUAUCACAAACCACUCUGUCUCCGCCCUCCACACUCUCCAGGUUCCCCGACCAUGGGGCCAUGUGUACAUGGUGGCGAAGGGGUCAGGUCAGGCCGUGGCUCAACUAGAGGUCAGCUGGGGGGUUGACUUGGACCGCUUCAUGAAGAAACCGGCCAGGAAGUACUUUGACCUCAACGUGACCGAGACCUACCCAAGCUUUCGUAACAAGACCUUCAUUGAUACCACAGUGUGUACCAGGUGGACGGCGGUAGAUAUAUCAGAGACGAGCCACGCAGCCCUCGUGGAGGUGGAGGUGGCGACGGGUUACCUCCUCUACCAACCUGACGCUAACAAGUUCGUCAGGAAAGCUCAGGCUGGGGACUUCCCCAUGAUGUUUGAUGCCAAGUCUACCCCCUCCAUAAUAUGGUGGCAGUUAGACUAUAUCCCAAGUGACCGGCCACGAUGUUUCACCUACCGCCACAUCCGCCACUUCCCGGCAGCCAACCACACCGCUGUGCGCUACGCCAAAAUCUUUGAAAUGUUCGCGCCUGAGCACUUCGAGUCGAUGAUUCUCAACACGACGUCCCUGGCAGCUCUGGAUAUCUGUGAGGUGUGUGGUUCGCACCAGUGUCCCUACUGCCCUUACUACAGUGGCGACGCCUUCACCCCUCGCCCAGGCGCAGGAUUCACUGCUCUCCUCGCCCUGCUUGCACUCUUUGCGCCAAAAUUGUCUAAUUUUGUAGUGCAGAGAAUAAAUAGUAGUCAUUGUUAUUAGAUAUAGGUAUCAUUAAUGUUGUUAUGUAGUUGAGUUUGUACGAAAUAAUAUGUAAAUAGUUUCUUAGUCUUAGUGUAUUCGGUAUAAAAAUUUAAUGCCAACGUGUGUUGCUUGAAUGUAAUACUGGUUAAAUUUAUACAAGAAAAAAAAUCUGGGAGGAAAUUCGGGUAAUACCAGUUUUCUUAUUUUAAUGUCAGGGCAUUUUUUACGCGUUUUAACUUUAAUCUUUCUAAUAUUGUUUAAGGUUGUAUGUCCAAUGUGAAUUUAAAUCUCUGAGACAUUUUUAUUAAGACAUCAUUACUCACCUCGACAGAGUAACUCUGUGCUUAAGUAACUCAUUAAAUCAUUAUACGUAUUUACACUACAAUACCAGUUAAUAUGAGGGCCUUCAUUAAUGAUAGGAGCGCCAUCCUGCACUGUAAACUCAAGACUGUACCACUCUAAACUUGUCAGUGUCACUCACAAGCGAUAUAUAAUUACUAUGUAAUAGUUUAUAACUGCACAAAACUUCCUGUGUUCUUGAUGAGUAUGUAAACUACUUAUGACCAGCAGUAGAGGAUAACACUGGUAUAUAAACUACUUAUGGCCAGCAGUUGACGAUAACAUUGGUACGUAAUCUACUUAUUUCCAGCAGAAGAGGAUAACACUGGUAUGUAAACUACUUAUAGUCAGCAAAGGAUGAUAAAACUAUGUCAUUCGUGAGCGUGUACUGAAAAUUGACAACCCGGGUUCCUGGUGUGGGUCAGGUCAAUUAAAACCACCAGCGACUGAACCCCUGCACCCGCCAGACUCCUAAUUGACUUGGGAGAUUUUGGUCUUGUCAAUUUCCCCGGGAAGGAAAAUACCAAUAUUUUUCCAAACAACGCCGCUAAAAUUCUUGUAUCUUUACUUUCUUUUGCUUUUUUAUAAUAUGUAAAUAAAGAAGUCAUAUGUGAUAUAAGCAUUGUAAUAGAGUAUACAUAAAAACCAGGACCCCGUUUUCUCUCAUAAUUUUCAACUGUAGAUGGACUCACUGGUGUAUUUAUUACUAGCCUUGUUACGCGCUUAAAAGACCUUAUUCGUUGAAGCGCAGUAAUAAUUAACAUCAACAACACUAGUUCGGGGGUAAGGUAGUGGGUUUUAGAGCUGACCAGUAACAAUGACAUGAAAUAUCUAAGUUCAGGGAAUUUAAGGAGUUUUGAUCUAUUUUAAACCUCAGUUUUAAGAGGGGAUAUGAAUGGUGUCACGAUACUCUUUUAAAGGUGCCAUAUAUGUGUACAAGAGACGUGUUUAUGGACCUGAGAACCACAAGAAUUAUCAUAUGUUAACUGUGAACCAAAAUGAUCUUGAAACUAAAAUUCACCUGCGUUGGUGAUGUCUGUAUAUAAUACAGCAUCCUUCAGGUUUAUUAAAAUCGAUUAACGAAUAUUCUUUUCUGGGUAACGGAACCCUUUCGGAAAUCGACGGAUACCUCCUUAACCCAAGUGAAUUAUUGUAUUUUUUACCUUAUUUCACAAAUAACCAACAAGAUUACCCCCCCCCCCCUGCCAGUUCUAUUGGAUUAUAAGAUACACACUUCAGCAUUCUGUAAUGUUGUCUAGGUGACAGCAGAAAGGCGCUAAUAAGCAUGGCGAUUGAAAAUUCCCUCUGCACCUGCUAUA